CUGCCAUGCAGAUCCGACGUCCUGCGUCGUUACGUCAUGACGCACGGCAGUCUUUUUUUUUUUUUUUUUUUAAUUUUUUUAACCCUGCCCUCUCUCUUCAUCUCUGUGCAUUCUUUGGCUUCCCUUCGUCUCGGGCGCACCUCAACGAAAGCAAUAAUGUCUGACUUCUCGGAAGAUCAAAUUAUUGAGUUCAAGGAGGCGUUCCUGCUGUUUGACAGAACAGGAGAUGGGAAGAUCAGCUACAGCCAGUGCGGGGAUGUCAUGCGGGCCCUGGGACAGAACCCCGUCAAUGCCGAGGUGCUCAAAGUCCUGGGUAACCCAAAGGCCGAAGAGAUGAACACCAAGAUGCUGGACUUCGAGCAGUUCCUGCCCAUGUUCCAGGCCAUCGCCAAGAACAAAGAUCAGGGCUCCAUGGAGGAUUUUGUUGAGGGACUUCGUGUGUUUGACAAGGAAGGCAAUGGCACAGUAAUGGGAGCAGAACUACGUCAUGUCCUCACAACACUAGGUGAGAAAAUGACAGAGGAAGAAGUUGAGACGCUGUUGGCGGGGCACGAAGAUGCAAAUGGAUGCAUCAAUUAUGAAGCUUUUGUGCGCCACAUCAUGUCUGGCUGAGGGCCGGUAUGGGCAACAUAACUGGUCAGAAUGGUUAUGAGCGGGUGAAGAUGAAG